AUGAGAGCACACCUGGCACAAAACUCAGAACGCCGCUCGUUGGCCAUUGUCGACUACAAUGUACUCGAAGAGGAGUUUAGAAAAGUGUACGGCAUAGGUCCUAGGAUUUGGCUUGUACCUGAUAUUGUUGAAAAAUAUCAGUUCAUGGACUUGGAGAAGGUUGACCAGGAUCGUCCCCCUGGUGUCAGAAGCGGGAGACCAUACACAGGCAUCAACGAGUUCCUUAUCUGGGGCUCUGUGCUCUGUGAUCCCAUCGCUGUACUGAGUUAUGAGGAUGCCCUUCAGCUGUGUGAAGUCCUCAACAAACUGAAAGAAUCUGAAGCAGUUGUUGAUUAUUCGACUGGUACCGUUGUCGGUCAAUGUCUAAGGAGUAUCCCUUAUAUGUACAAAGCGGUCGUGUCAUAUCAAUUGAUUCGUGCCUUCGAGAUUAAUGGAUACAGAAAAGCUCGCGACAGUAUAUAUCUUGAAAGAUUCUGGGAAGGAGUGGAGGCCAGCUCACCAGAUCCCAGCGAUUCCACUUCGCCUCCCGAGGACUUUGACGUUCAACCGAAUCGGGAAACAAAGAGGGUACCCACAACGAUUGAGGCACCACCAAAGGCGCCUUGGUUCGCAGAUACGCCGUCGAGUUCAUCUUUAGCAGAUGAAGAUAGUCAGUCUCAAGAACAAAUCGCAGAAGUGCCUCGCCCCAAGUUUGACAUCUUCAUUGAAGAGUUAUCAAUGUACGCGGCAAUGCCGACACCAACUCCACCCCCUGAUCCUACGAAGGAAGUGCAUAACCAUCCGAUUCUGAGACAGAAUGAGAGCGCACACCCUACGAAAGGGGAAACGGAGGCAAUCACUGCGGUCAACUCGACAACGCAUCAAACAGAGAAAAGAGACAGAACCCCGCCCGAGAAGGGGCAAGCGCCUAAGCCUCGACGGAAUCCAACAGGGUGUCAGCCAGAGAACGCUGCAAUUUCAUCAAAUGUGAUCGAUUUGACGUUGGAGGACAUCCAAGAAAAUCACACGUCGGAGAAGGUCGUAAGGGUCAAAGAUAUCAAGAGACUUAAUGCAAACAGAAUUCAGCGGAGACACGCAGUCGCGGAAACGAAAAGAACGACCUCGAACUCGUCUAUCAAAAAGGUCGACAAACAACAAGGCAGCUCUCACCGGAUUGAUUUCUGUCUCAAAACCCCGCAAGUCAAUCCUCCCAAAGGCUACGAUCAAACCAAGGACGAUGAGAUUCAAAUCAUUGCAGAAAGGAAAUGCCAUGUCCGACACCAGCAUAUCCGCAGAACGGCGAGAACUGAGACGAAGACAGUCACCACGAUCCGCAGCCGGAGUGUGAGUAAAGGCAUCAUCCUCAAUCAGCGAGGAUAA